UGGGAACAUGAUAUAAUUUGAAGUAAAGCAGCUAGCCCAAAAUGUAGGUCAAUAUUAAAGUAUAUUUCCUCCCGCGCAACCCAGAGGAAACGUAAACCAGAAGACGAUGGCGGCCUCGACGAACAGCAUAGAAGAUCUCGCUAUCCCCUAUGAAUGGGUAGAUGCAGAUGAAUUUGAAGCCAUAGAAAAUGCACUCGCAGAGGCCACUAAAUCACAUAAACGCGUAAAAAUGUCGCCAUCCGAUGACAUAGCUGCUGACUCGGCAGGGCGACGGCUGCCUGAUUGGGCAGGGAAUUCUUCAAAGAUUGUUACAUAUGGCAGUUCUCAUAAACCUAGGGUUUCUAUAAAUAGUGAUGAUAAUAGCAUCGAUUAUUCAGUUCAAGGGCAGAGGAUCGAAUCUCCAAAUUUAAAUCUAAGCCAUAGCUGGUUAUUUUCGGUUCCUCUUUGCAGAGCACCACUAAAGGCCAUUGUGCCAAAAAUAAACUUUGGAGGUCGUAUUGUAUAUAGCAGACUGCCUUCUGAAGUUGAGAAAGCUAGCAUGGAGAUUUUGCAGAUUGUUAAUUCAAAGAAAUCUAAUAUGGAGGGUCGAGUGCCUGUGGGUCUGGACCUUGAAUGGAAACCCUUCUAUAAUAGGGUGGGCGAGGUACCCACUAAGGUGGCAGUGUUACAAAUUUGCUUGGAUGCUGAUCGCUGUGAUGUGAUGCAUAUCAUUCAUUCUGGUAUUCCUCCAGUUUUACGGUCACUUUUGGAAGAUGAGUCUUCGGUAAAGGUUGGUGUUUGUAUAGCUGGUGAUGCAUAUAAGAUGCGAAAAGAUUAUAAUGUUAAUGUGCGGGGAAUAGAGGAUUUGGGUACUAUUGCAUGCCGGAAAAUAAGACCUCCAAGAACAUGGAGUCUUUCUCGGCUUUGUGAGAAGCUCACGGGCAAGGAGGUGGACAAACCAAUGAACAUUAGGUGUGGAAAUUGGGAAGUGGAGAAUCUAUCUGUACCACAACUACAAUAUGCAGCUACAGAUGCUUAUGCUUCUUGGUACCUUUAUGAGGUACUGAAAUCUUUACCAGAUGUCAUAAUGGCGAAUUCCAAGGAAGAAGAAAAUCAUUAGAGUUGUAAGCAUGGCACGUUGAGCUAUAUCAAUUUUUAACGCUCCUUGUAUUCAAUGACAUUUAAAUGGGGAGGCGCGGAUGUUUUUGUAGAGUGUAUUUCCUUAUUUACUCUCAAUAUCAUAUUCUUCUCGGGGAUUUUUUUCAUGCCUCUUGAAAAUUGGGGUCGACUUCAGGAAUUGUUUUCCACCAACCUUGCUGUCGAGAUACUCUUUAUGUCAGUCCUUGCUCUUUUAAUAUUUAAGAAAAGUUUCAAUGCUA